AUGAUACUCCCAACCUCCACCUCUAUCGGUAUAACCGAGCCUCUGAAGGGACUUGGUCGUAUGGCACUGUAUACAACAGUAUACGAUCGAUCCACAUUAUAUAUAUAUAUACCCUCGUAUCUUGUGAGAAAUCCCGCGAGAAAAAAGAGAAUAUAUUCAUCUUAUCCCAUACCUGCCAUGUCCGUCUACAUUGUUGCAACUGCUAGAACCCCUAUUGGCUCGUUCCAGGGCAGUCUCUCCUCCUUGACCUACUCUGACUUGGGUGCCCAUGCUGUCAAGUCUGCCCUUGAGAAAGUGCCCCAAAUCAAGGCUGAGGAUGUUGAUGAAAUCAUCUUCGGUGGUGUUUUACAAGCCAAUGUUGGCCAGGCUCCUGCUAGACAGGUUGCUUUGAAGGCUGGUCUUACCAAGGAGGUUGUGGCCACCACUGUUAACAAGGUCUGUGCUUCUGGUAUGAAGGCUGUCAUUUUCGGUGCCCAGGCUAUCAUGACUGGCUCUGCCGACAUUGUUGUCGCCGGUGGUGCCGAGUCUAUGUCUAACACUCCAUACUACCUCCCCACUGCUCGUACUGGUGCCCGUUACGGUGAUGCCACCAUGGUUGACGGUGUUCAAAAGGAUGGUUUGUUGGACGUCUACAGUCAGCAAUUGAUGGGUGUUGCCGCUGAGAAGUGUGCCAAGGAGCAGGAGAUUAGUCGUGAGGACCAAGACCUUUUCGCUGCUAACUCUUACAAGAAGGCUCAGGCUGCUCAAUCCGGUGCCAAGUUCGAUGCCGAAAUCGCCCCUGUUACCAUCAAGGGACAACGUGGCAAGCCAGAUGUUGUCAUCGCUCAAGACGAGGAGCCAAAGAAGUUUGAUGAGAGCCGUUUGAAGUCCGCCCGUACUGUCUUCCAAAAGGACAACGGUACUGUCACUGCCGUCAAUGCCUCCAAGUUGAACGAUGGUGGUGCUGCUCUCGUUUUGGUUUCCGAGGCUAAGCUCAAGGAGUUGGGUUUGCACCCAAUUGCACGUAUCGCCGGUUGGGGUGAGGCUGCCAGAGAGCCAUUGGACUUCACCAUUGCCCCAGCAUUGGCUCUUCCAAAGGCUUUGAAGCACGCCAAGGUUUCCUAUGACGAUGUUGACUUCUACGAGUUGAACGAGGCCUUCUCUGUUGUUGGUUUGGCCAAUGCUAAGAUCUGUGGUUUGCCUCAAGAGAAGUUGAACGUCUACGGUGGUGCUGUCGCUUUGGGACACCCAUUGGGAUGUUCCGGUGCUCGUGUUAUUGUCACAUUGAUCUCUAUUUUGAGUCAAGAGGGUGGCCGUAUUGGUGCUGCUGGUAUCUGUAACGGUGGUGGUGGUGCCUCUGCCAUUGUCAUUGAGGCCAUCGACAAGGAAGCUAGAUUGUAA